AUGGCUAAGAAAAAGCGGAAACAAAGUAAAAACAAUUGUACGCAAAAGAAUAUAAAGUCUCAUUCAAAGGUUGUUGAGGAGAAAAAUGAAAAAUAUGGCGGAGAGUCGAUGAUACGAGAUAGUAAAGAUCAUGCUGAUUCGUGCAGAAAACGCAAAAGUAAAUUGGAAACGACUAGUGCAGUGCAAAAAAAGUCAAGAAGAUUAUUAAAUAAGAAAUGCAUCUAUGAAAAUGAAAAUCAAUGUGAUGUAGCCAAUGAAGAUGAAAGUCAGUGCAAUGUCACUAAUGAAAAUAAAAAAAAUAUUUGUCGUGAUGGUGUUAAUAAGUUGCGAAGACCAAAAUUGGUAUUAAAAGUCGAAAGAAACUCAACAGCUUGUUUAAAACAAGUAAAAUGUAAAAGAAAUGCAAUUAUCAGAGCACGAAAGCAAGCAAGCAUUUCACAAAAUGAAGAUAAAAAAAGCGUUGUCGCUAAUGAACAGUUCAUUAAACAAGAGUAUAUUUCCUCUAGUGGAUCAGAAGAUGAAUGGGAAGCAAUGGAAGAAAUGGAUAUUCCUGAAAAUACAGAAACAUCUGCUCAAGCUGAUCUCGAAUUUAUCAUUAAUGAACCGAAAAAGGAAGAAUCGGAAGAAAGUAAAUGGGCCAAGUUUUUGCGACUUGAAGUAAAUAGAAAAAUCAAAGAACGUCAAAUAAAUUGUCAUAAAAUGCAUCUUCUAUGUUAUAUCGCGCAUCUUCGUUUUUGGAUUCAAUCAUUAAUAAGAAAUGAAAUUUUAACUCCGUUGUGUUUAUCGCUGAUACCCGAAGGAUAUGUCAUUGCAGCACAGACUAAUUUCAGUGAGGAUAUUGCUGAAAAAUUUUUUAAAUGGUUCAGAUCGGCCUUUUCGCCUUCAACGAAAAAAUAUAUCCCGAGAAAUAGUUCCUGUGAAGCGCAGAUGGAACGGUUGGAACAAUUAAUAAGUAAUCGGGUUUACGAAUUCGACAGGGAUAUUGCUUCGGUUUUGUUUCUUUGUUUAUUCUCUUUGAAAAUAUCGGUACGACUUUGCUUAUCAUGUCAGCCAAUGCCUCAUAAAUUGAGCAUUCGUUCCUUUCUCCAAUCCAGUGCGUCGAAAAAUUCUGAUUCUCUUCCGAAAGCAAGUGGUUCUCAAAUUAAAAUACCAGCAGCCACAGAAUGCAAUAAGAAAAGUGUGCAUUUGACAAAGAAACGCAAAGCCACAUAUGAUUCCAAGUGUUCUGAUGACAACAUAUCGAUUGAUUUAAGCGAAGGUGCUGCGGAAGAUCAGAAUAAUGGGAGAAAGAUUGCUCGCGGCGCACGUAAUUUUACAAAAACAAAGAAUGAGAUUAGAGCCUAUCGAAAUUAUUGGAUCGAAUAUUGGGAUGAACAAAAUAAUCGCUGGAUAUGUGUGGACACUUGGAAGGGUACAAUCGAUAUGCCUGAAUCAAUGGAAGCAGACACCACCCCUCCAAUGCAUUAUGUCAUCGCAGUUGAUGAAAACUAUGGAAUGCGUGAUAUUACUGAUCGUUAUGCUUCUAAAUAUUUAUCACCAGAAAUGCGUCGUAUUCGAAUCGAUUCAGAAUGGUGGGAAAAAACAAUGAAACUUUUUAAAAGCAAAAAUCGUGUUCGUAAUCGCUUUGAAACUAUUGCUGUUCACGAUUAUUUGUGCUCAAAACCUCUACCAACAACCAUCGCCGAAUUCAAAAAUCAUCCAUUAUAUGUACUAAAGAAAGAUCUUUUAAAGUUUGAAGCAAUUUAUCCUGAAGAUCAAAAGCCUGUUGGAUAUAUUAGAGGUUUAGAAAUAUUUCCUCGAAGUUCCGUUCAUCAUCUACAAGGUUCAUUAAAUUGGAUUAAACAUGCGCGGUCAAUCAAGCAUAUUGAUGGAUUUUUUAAGUAUAUUUUGCAUAUUAAAAUUAAGCCUGGAGAAAAACCUUAUAAAGUGGUGAAAGCGCGACCAAACAUUAAAGUUCCUGAAGAGCUGAGACAACCACGAACGCUUGAUGUAUUUGGCUAUUGGCAGACUGAGCCUUAUAAGCCUCCAGAUGUCACAGAUGAUGGUAAAAUACCUCGCAAUGAAUUUGGAAAUAUUUAUCUAUACAAGGAAUGUAUGCUACCAAAAAACUGCGUUCAUAUUCGUCUUGAAGGUUUAGUUUCAAUCGCUCGUAAAUUGGAUGUAGAUUGUGUUCCGGCGGUUGUCGGAUGGGAAUUCCAUAAAGGUGGAAAUCAUCCAAUAAUUGACGGAUGCGUUGUUUUGGCAAAACAUGAAAAGGCUUUACGUGAGGCUUGGUCUGCUGAAUACGAACGUAAACGUGUUGCAUCCCUAAAGAAAAAAAAGGAAAGAGCGUUAAAGAAUUGGCGGCGCUUGGCGAAAGGUCUGUUAACUCUUAAAAGAGUUCGCGCUAAAUUCCUUUCCGCGGACCAACGGCCCAUGAACACUGAUGAGACAUUGGACAAAGAAGUGGUCGUGGAUACCAAUAGCUCAAUGGCAUGGCCUCAUAUUGCAUUCACCUUGCCGCAAGUAGAUAAGAGUGGUGAAGAUAUCUCACGGUCCUAG